CGUCCGCCAACAUCCUCACCACAGCAAAAACCCCUAGAGCAGCAGCUCGUUGAACACCCGUCACAGAUUUAGGUACUCGCUAUUAAAAGUCGUCUUGACAUCUCAUUCACGUUUCUUCGUGCCCCUUCACCUUUUGCUUAACGAAGAUUCCCAUUACCUAGAGCCCAACAGACCAUGGCGCAAGCCACAGCAGAACAGAAGCAAUAUGUCGCCGCAGCAGACGCCAAAGCUUUUGUAGAAGCAGUAUUGGUAGGAAACGGCGUAACUCCCGAAAAUGCUGCCAUAGUAGCACGCUGCCUCGUUGCAGCCGACCUGCGAGGCGUCGACACCCACGGCAUGAACCGGAUACCAUCAUAUAUGGAGCGGAUAAGACAGGGUGUUCUGGACGGUCUUGCAACACCGGAGGUUACCCAAAUCACUCCUGUGGUCUCGCGGGUAGAUGCACACAACGGAUUCGGCUUUCUGGCUGCAGACUCAGGCAUGACCGCUGCCAUCGAAGCUGCAAAAAUAUACGGUAUCGGGAUGACCAGCGUCAUGCACUCGAAUCAUUUCGGCAUGAGCGCCUGGAUCGUACAAAAAGCUGUCGAUGCUGGUAUGAUGAGUUUGGUCUUCACCAACUCCAGCCCUGCAUUGCCACCUUGGGGUGGGAAAAGCAAGCUCAUCGGCGUGUCGCCAUUGGCAUGUGGAGCACCCGGAAAAGACCACCCAUUCAUCCUCGAUAUGGCUCCAUCUGUUGCAGCACGUGGAAAAAUUUACAAAGCAAAGAGACGGGGCGAAAAGAUCCCGCUAGACUGGGCCCUUGACAAGGACGGCAAACCUACCGACGACCCUGCAGCGGCUCUCGACGGAGGCGUAAUGCUGCCCAUGGGCGGUCCAAAGGGAUCAGGAUUGGCAAUCAUGAUGGACGUUUUCUCUGGAGUGCUCUCUGGCUCCGCCUUUGCUGGUCACGUCACUGGUCCAUACGACCCAUCCAAACCAUCUGACGUAGGGCAUUUCCUGGUCGCUAUCAAGCCCGAUCUGUUCAUGAGUCUGGAAGAUUUCAAGGAGAGAAUGCAGUAUCUGUACGAUAGAACAGUGGGUGCUGAAAAAGCUGCUGGGGUGGAUCGCAUCUACUUUCCGGGCGAGCUGGAACAGAUAGAGCAGGAACGGAGGGAGAAGUCAGGCAUUCCACUAGUACAGGCAGAGAUAGAUGCACUGAACGCAGAGGCACGCAAGGUGGGCGCAAAACCUCUGGUUGUCAACGGUUCGUCGUAGCGAAAGGGGCAUUUGUACCCGUGUAGCCUCAGAUAAUAUCACAUCCAUAACACUCUC